AUGGAGGCCAGUUCUAGCACUGCUCUCUAUCCUCAGCGCCGCUGCAAAAACAUCUACCUGGUGAGGCAUGCUCAGGGUAUACAUAAUGUGGAAGGCGACAAGGAUCACAGCGCCUACAAGUCGCCUGCGCUGGUCGAUGCUCACAUCACCCCUUUGGGCUGGAGCCAAGUUGAUUGCCUGCGAGAGCAUGUGACAAAAUGCGGACUAGCAAAAAAGAUUGAGUUGGUUGUUGUUUCCCCUCUAAUGAGGACUCUGCAGACUGCAGUGGGGGUCUUUGGCGGUGGAAACUGUACCGAUGGAGAAAGUGCAUCACCGUUACUAAUGGUAAAAGGUGCUGGACACAGUGGGCGUCAAGCGAUUUCAAGUUUGGACUGCCCGCCGUUUCUCGCAGUCGAGGCCUGCAGGGAGCGCUUGGGUGUGCAUCCCUGUGACAAGAGGAGCAGCGUAACAAAAUAUCGCACUCUCUUUCCUGCCAUUGAUUUUUCCCUGAUAGAGAAUGAUGAAGAUGUUCUUUGGGAACCCAAUGUCAGAGAAGCAAUUGACGUUGUUGCUGCCAGGGGCAUGAAGUUCCUUGACUGGUUAUGGACAAGAGAAGAAAAUGAGAUAGCUAUUGUCACCCAUAGCAGUUUCUUAGAUUUCACUUUAAACAUGUACAGUAAAGAGUGUCAUCCAACCAUAGGAGAGGAUAUGCGCAAACGCUUUGCGAACUGCGAGCUCAGGUCGAUGGUGCUGGUCGACAGAAGUAAGCUUGGAUCAGAUACCCCUACAUGCGAUUUCCCUGGGAAGAUACCGGCGGGACUUGAUCUGCCUAGUGAUGUGGCAGACAAGAAGCAGAUUGAAGAAGCUAGCAAUGGGAACCGGGGAGCGGUUGGUUGUCUAGAGCACACGCACAUGAGCUCGCCCACUGGCCUCAUUUCUACCUAA